AUGAAGGCAUCCGUGUCGUUGGUCAGCCGGGUCGGAAGUAUUCUCCCAAGACGCAUGGCAGGUACUGGCUUGAUGGUGCAUCGUGACUCAGAACAGAACAAUCCGAAUGUGAAAUUUGAAUUCAACGAAGAAAACAAGAAAAAGUUAGACAUCCUCAUUUCCAAUUAUCCUGAGGGAUAUAAAGUUGCCGCCCUGCUUCCGGCUUUGGAUCUUGCGCAACGUCAGCACGGAUGGCUUCCAAUUUCAGCAAUGCACGAAGUAGCGCGAAUCUUGGAAGUACCACGAAUGCGCGCUUAUGAAGUGGCCACCUUCUACACCAUGUUCAAUCGACAACCUGUAGGAAAGUAUCACAUACAGGUUUGUGCAACUACUCCAUGCAUGCUACGUGGCGCGGAGACGAUCACAGAAACAAUUGAGAAAGUUCUAGGCAUUCAUGUAGGAGAAACCACGAAGGAUGGUCUGUUCACACUGGCGGAAGUGGAAUGCUUGGGAGCUUGCGUAAACGCUCCUAUGAUGCAGAUCAAUGAUGACUUCUAUGAAGAUCUCACUGUGCAAGACGUGAACGAUAUUUUGACUGACCUAAAGGAGGGACGCCGUCCACAACCAGGUCCCCGUUCAGGACGUUUAGCUGCCGAACCAAUGGGGAAACCGACUUCUCUAAUUGAAGAACCGAAAGGACCUGGUUUUGGACUUCAAGCCGCGCUACAGUAG